AUGGUGGUGAUCAGCAUUGGUUUCGGCGCUGACUUUUUGGAUAGCUUCUCGAUUGAAGACUUGCAGCGUCCCUUUGAACUGAUUCGCAGUGAGGGUUCUUUGUCCCAUCCUGAGAACGGUGGACACCGGGUUAGCACGAAGAUGCUGGAAGCCACAUGCCAGGCUUUGUGGAACGUGUCAGCUGCCAGGGCUCAAAGCUCUGUGGCAGCAGACAAGUACCAGAUUUGGGAAGGAACGGCCAACGAAUCCUUCAGGAUUACCAUAAAGGGAGUGGGUGCCGAACGUUGGUUCAAAGGUUUCAUAGAUGACAAUGGGGCCAAUGCGUUGGCAGUGGUCUUCAGCAACUUCGAUCGCUACAUAAAGUCCCUACUUUCCACUACGAUGCUUAAGGUCCUGAUGGCUAGGGGCGACUUUGCUUCAGCGGCCAUGUGCUGCCUUCCAGGAGCAGUUAUGAUGCUGCAGAAACUGAGAGAAGGUGCUGAUGCGAGGGCAGCAGAGGACGAUGGUGCCACAGCUUUGAUGUUUGCUGCCCAAGGUGGCCAUGAGGCCGUGGCCAAGCUGCUGCUACAGCAUGCUGCUGAGGUGAGGGCAGCAAUGCAUAGCAAUGCACGAUGGCAGGACAGCACUGAUGAUUGCUAG